AUGCCCGGCACCGAAGAAGCGCAAAGACUGAUCAAAGAAUUCUCGGACAAAAAUGUCGACAACUGUUGCCGCACGUCGACUUUUUCUCUUGAAGUAGAGGAGUCAGUCCGAGGCCAUAUACACCAAGAAUUAGUUGGUUGGCUGUUCUAUCGGAAAUUGGCAGCGGACUGCUGGCGUGCAAACGUUUCACUGCACGGAUUUGGACUUCUCUUCGAGAAGUCCGCGGUCGAGUGUCUCGCCGACGCAAGCUGGCUUGAACGAUAUCUCAUCCAACGCGGCGGACGAUGCAAGCCCACCAAUAUCGAAGCACCGACCUGCGAAUUUCCAGAUAACCCCGUCGAACCCAUUAUCCCGUUGCACAAAGCAGUAGAGACGGAGCGUAAACUACUGGACGAUCUGGAGCGCCUGAUGCGGCUCGCAGAAAAGGCCGGUUGUUACUCGCUUUGUACAGCGCUCGACAGACGGUUUCUGCAGAAGCAGACUCAGCAUGUCAAGGAUCUGGCGGAUCUAUUGCAGCAGACGGUCCGGGUCUCAAAGCACCCGGGUCAUGGAAUUUUCCAUCUUGAUCGUGAGCUCCGCAAUGCUAAUGGCAAUCUGCCUUGGGGUGGGCUCAAUGAUCCGGAUUCUGUCACUCUUGAGGUUAGAUCGCUGUGUUCGCAACUGGAGAACAGUCAAAUUUCCGGUCGUCAUUAA